AAACAACACACGCUGCGGCGGCGACCCAUUUCUUCCCUGUUCGGCUGCGGAGCGGGCGGCGGCGACAAUGGUGGUCCGCUUCCGCCUCCUCCUCCUGCUCCUCGCUUGCUCCCUCCUCUUCCUCGAGCUUCCCUCAGCCUCAGCCACAGUCUCAGGUAAACCAACUGUCCAUGAUGACUUGGAUCCAGCUCAGGUGACCAACCCGGCGAUGCCGAUCACAGUCCCGUCCACGAACCCAGCACCAACAAUCAUCACCGUGCCGUCCACGAACCCUACCAUCCCAAUCCCUUCCUUAAACCCUUUGCCCACACCUAUCCCAGGCCCCUCAACCGACCCGACUACCACAUUACCAUUGCCAACACCUUCCACCUCUGCACCGGCCGCCCCAGCAGUCACCAAUCCUGUCACCACCCCGUCAACGUUCCCUCCAUCGGCACCAUUUACAAACCCAGCCGCAAAUCCGAUGGUGCCAGCUAUCGGCAGUACGCCACCUACUGUUCCAGUUACCACUCCAGUCACAGCUCCGGCUGUGUCAGGGCAGCAAUCCUGGUGUGUGGCCAAAGCCGGCUCAGCCAAAGCAGCGCUCCAGGAUGCACUGGACUACGCGUGCGGCAUCGGUGGAGCCGAUUGCUCACCGAUACAGCCAUCGGGGAGCUGCUAUUAUCCAAAUACCCUGGAAGCCCAUGCGUCAUACGCCUUCAACAGCUACUACCAGAAAAACCCUGCACCCACCAGCUGCAACUUUGGGGGCGCAGCAAUGCUUGCCAAUGCUAAUCCAAGCUCAGGAACCUGUGUCUUGGCAUCCUCCAUGUCUUCACCAACAAGCUCUACGGCUGGGUACAAUCCUGGGUCCACCGCUCCUACUACACCAUCCACUAACCCUGUUACUGGUGCAUCUGGUUCUGAUCCGGGAUCAUCAGUGCUGAAUGCGAGUGGCUCAGGCAUUUCUGGAUCAUCAGACUUUGGGCCGGGCUUCCAAGGAGAAGGCAAUAACAGCAAUAGUUGGCGCUCAAUCUUGCCCUCUGGUUGGUCCUGGGCAGGCUUAUUCUCCAUGAUUGCGUUACCAUACGUCGGAGUGUUAUUUUGAAGAAAGGAGUUGCUCCAGAAUUUUGGAAACUUGGAGGAUUGCAAGUGGUGGCAUAGAACUAUAGAUUUUACUUUAGCUGUAGUAGUGUAGUGGGUAUUGAUUAGGCUAAAGAUGUAUGCUCGUAGGAAGUAGCAUUGCCUGUAUUGGCCAGUGGGUGUAGUUUCUAGGUGUAUCCAGUCAAAUGUUGAUGAUGAGCUUGCAAGUUGUAAUAUUUUCCUCCAUUGAAAGUGUGAUGCAGACUUGAAACUGUACAAGUCCUAUUGGGUCCAUUAAGUUUAUCGCAGGCUGCUUGGAAUUAAUUCUAUG